UUAAUACUUCAUGUAUUGUUUUGAAUGUGCAUCCCCACAUGGUUGGGUUAACGGAAUGAUUCUAGGUUUUCUUAUUCAUAUUGCUAAAAAUAUCAAUCCAUCGUAUCUCGAUUGGUAAAUCCACAUUCGACUAAAAUCAACCAUUAUUUUCCAAAUUUCCCUUAGUGUUUGGCUAAAUUCUAGAAAUCAAAUUUUCAAACAAAAAAAAAAGGUCUAGAAAUCAACCAUUUAUCCACUGACCUUGAAAUUUAUAAAGUGAUUUUAAUUAUAUUUAAUCAAUGCUUACUUAAAAACAAAAAUAUUAUAUAAGCUUCCUAUUAUUAGGAUAUAUAUCUAGAUAAUACUUAUCUAUUAGUUUAUAUAUCUUUCUUACGAUUCUUUUAGCUUUUCUAGUGUUGAUAGAAUUAGGAUCUUGUGGCUUGUAUAUAAAGAGACCUUGAAGUCAUGAAUGAAUAACAUAGAACGAUUUAUCAAUUACAUACCUUCUCAUGGUAUUACAACCCCUUGCCACUCAAAUAUAUUUUGGUCCAACCCACAUAUAACUAUUACAUUUACUGUAAUUAUUACAACACCAUUGACAUAUAUAUCUUCCGUUUGGCAAACCAAGUUUCAAAUCUUUUUUUUUUGACAUCGAAUUUCAAAUCUUUAUUGUUCACCUACGUAUCAAAUAAAUAUAGGUCAUAUAGUUGAUAAUAUUAUAUAUUUACAUACGCAAAUAACUUUGCGUUAUUUCUGCCAAUUCCGUACAUAAAGCUUUUUAAGCUUUUAACCUAAUACUAAAAUAGACAUGGAUAAACAUAUAAGUUCCUCAAAAUUAUUUUGGUCAUCAUUUUAUAUGGUGCAGUGUCGUUCAUUGUAAUAGUGGUGGUCUUCCGGAUUUUCCUUUUUUUCUGGAAUUUGUUACUCUAUUCAUAAUAUUCACGUAACAAUUAUGUGUUUUAGUUUUUUUUUGUUUUGUUAACAUCUGUGUUUCAAAAGUUUAUGAUCAUUUUUACAAACUUUUAAUGCAGCAAUAAUAUAUAGGGAAUAAAAUGGGUACAACUUUUUUUUUUGGAGACUUAUCUAUGUCAUUCAUUAAUUUUUUUUUUGGAAAUUGAUGUCAUUCAUUAAUUUAAAGGAUUUAUAUACCAUAUAUUAGUUGUAUCUACCUUUAAGAUAAAAAACAAUGUUUGAAUAAAUAAUUGGAAAACGUAAUGUUCGUAACCUAAAUUGUUGAAUGACAUUUAUAGUUAAUAUUUAUACUGAAUUAUUAGUGAUUGGAAAUAAAAUAUUCGUGGUUUUUUUUUUGCAAGGGCCCAACGUACGGCAUGUUCAUUUAUUGUAAAUCUUUUAGAUAGUUUGAUUAAAUAAGUUUACUGUUUAUGUAUGUAACAGUAGCCCAAAUACAUAUACCAGACACCACGAAAAUUGAACUUAGCGUAACAAUAAAGACACAUAUUUACUAUUAUAUAACAUAAGUUUUUUACUCUUUAGCUAAGAGGCAAAAUAUUUUUAUCUGAGAGUUUUGUUACAUUGGUUAUUUUAUCCGGUCUUAGACCACAUCAAAUUUGAUAAUACAAUAAAUAUUCGUUGUAAAAAAAAACAUAAGUCUCUGUAUAAUUUUUCGAUUCUGCGCAAAGCACGGAUCAGUACCUAGUUUUAGUAAUAAAAUAUGAAAUUUAAAAACUUUCAUAAAACUCAAUCAUAUUUCAUUACGUUUUUCUUUGCCACAGAAUUAAUCAUUACGUUACCAACAUAAAAUUCCUAUAAAUUCCCCUCUCACGUCCCUUCUUCAGCAAUAUCCUUCACCCUCAAGAAACCAACUUUCUCUGAAAAUAAAACACACAAAAAUGGUUUAUAAAACAUCAUGUCUUCUUCUUCCUUUGGCUCUCGUAUUUCUUGAUUUCAUCAUAACCUCAUCAUUAGCCAAACCUAUUCCAACCACAUUCAUCAACGUCUUAACCUACGGAGCUAAACCAGAUGGCUCAACAGACUCAACCAAAGCCUUCUUAGCCGCGUGGCAAGUCGCUUGUGCCUCUGUUAAUCCUACAACUAUUACCGUACCAAAAGGACGGUUCUUGGUCGGAAACCUUGUAUUCCAAGGCAAGAAAUGUACGGAUACUCCAAUAUCUAUUCGUAUAGCCGGAUCAUUGAUUGCUCCCGAAGAUUAUAGAAUUGUCGCAAGCUCAGAACAGUGGAUCUGGUUCGAGAGUGUCACUGAUGUUUCAAUAUAUGGUGGUAUACUUGACGCUCAAGGUUCUAGUUUGUGGAAUUGCAAGAACAAUGGUGGUAGCAAUUGCCCUACCGGUGCCAAGACUUUGUUGUUUAGUGGGUCGAAUAACAUCAAUAUCAACGGUUUAACGUCGAUAAACAGCCAGAAAUUCCAUAUAGUAAUCAACAGUUGCAAUAACGUGAACAUUGACGGCGUUAAAGUUUCUGCUGAUGCUAAUAGCCCUAACACUGAUGGGAUUCACAUCCAAUCAUCUCACUUAGUUAGUAUCACUAACUCAAGAAUUGGAACCGGAGACGAUUGCAUCUCCAUAGGUCCAGGAUCUACUCAUGUUUCCAUACAAGGCAUCCAAUGCGGUCCAGGCCACGGAAUCAGUAUCGGAAGUCUUGGGAUAGCAGAGGAAGAACAAGGAGUGGAGAAUGUGACAGUGAGUAACGUAGAUUUCACGGCAACUAGUAAUGGAGUUAGGAUCAAGACAUGGGCAAAAAACAGCAAGAGUUUCGCUAGAAACAUCGUUUUUCAGCAUAUUAGUAUGAAGAUGGUCAAGAACCCGAUCAUCAUAGACCAACACUAUUGUUUUUACAAACCUUGCCCUAAACAGGAGUCUGGAGUUGAAGUAUCAAAUGUGAGAUAUGAAGAUAUACACGGGACAUCGAGUACGGAUGUGGCGGUUAAGUUGGAUUGCAGUAAGGAGAAACCCUGUACCGGUAUUGUAAUGGACAAUGUGAAUCUCGCCUUGCAACUGGUGAACCAACCGGCUCAGGCUUCUUGUAGUAAUGCAAACGGAUUAGCUAAUGAUGUCGUCAUCCCGUUUACUCCUUGUCUGAAGAGAGACAUACUUAUGACAUGAUAUAUAGAUGGAUACCUGAAGUGAUGUUGUCCCGGUCGCUCCUUGUCUAAAGAUGAGUUUAUGCUGAUGAAUCCCUGAACGACGUCGUCUUACUUGCUACUUGUUUUUUCUUUUUUUUUUUUUACGUUGCUACUUGUUUCGGUAUUUGAGGAUUCGUUGUAUCGAAGCUAUGGUUUCAACCUUUAAAGUAAUAAUUAUAAUUUUUCGCCCAUAUAUAUACUUUUAUUUCAGUAACGUAAAGGAUAAACUUUGACAAUCAUCUCAUGGUUGAUCGGCCUAUUGAGGUAUAACCACCAUGUAAAAACCCAAACGUCAAAGCCUACAGUUACGUGGUUGAGUUCCAGCCAUUUUUGAUACAACUUGAAACUGGGGACUCCACUUCAAAACCAAACCCUCGUCUUUAGCCACUGAUUCAAGAAACCAUGACGGGAGCUUUGACUCCUCUGAAUCCCUGACCACCAACAAGUACAGUUUCUUAUCGCAAAAGCAAGCUCUUUCUAUGAACAUUGCUAAACUGAGCCAUGCUACCAAAUGCUAUGUAUACAACUGACCCUUGCGGCCUAGUGUUGAGCCAGACAGUGCAAAAGGCAGCUUGUUCCCUCUAAGAGGUUCAGAUCAUAGUCAGUGUCUGAUUUGAUUUGUGGUCUAACUACAUUUGGCAUAGACGGACCAAUUGGCAAUAACUAAAAAUAAUAGCAUAACUAGGGUAAAAAAAAAGAGAAAUUAAACCGAAAACAGAGUAGCUAAGAUGACAAAAAAGAGUUAUUAGGACAUAGGGACAUGAAUUAUUAGCUAGAUAAUCAAACAUGGUAGCUAGUACGGAAACAGUGUAAUUAUGAUAAGAAGUAGGAAAAAGAAUAGUUAUUUGCACACCAUCGAGGGGACAAAACAGAGUAGUUUGAACACGAAAU